AUGAGGCCAACUUCAUCAGAAAAUCAUUACCAUCAACAAUCUAAAAAAGAUCAGAUCAGCAAUAUUAAUCCACCCUUGAAGAUCAAUAAAGAUUCUCAUACCAUCAAAAAAUCGUCUUCGUCGUCGUCGCUGCCAUCACACCGGCACCACCCGGUUAUUAUCUACACGCAUUCGCCGAAAAUCAUUCAUACACACCCUAGGGACUUUAUGGCAUUGGUGCAAAAACUGACAGGGUUAUCACGGUCGAAUGAGGAGAUCAAUGGUUUGGAAAACGGGGGUAGAUCGUUGGAUGAGGAGAAUAAAAACGUAAAGAUUGGUGGAAACGAUGAUAAUGAAUCGUCUUCUGUGAUUACGAGCGAUGAAAAUUGUUGUGGUAAUAUAGGGGAUGGUCAAGUGAAUUCUUGUUUCGUGCCACCGCCCAUUUUUGAGCCUCCGAAUCCAUUUUUGACAAAUAAUAUUCCAGUUUUUACACCAAAUUCAGCUGAGUUUUUAUGUUCGAAUCAGCCAUUUUACAAUUAUACAGCUGAGUCAUUGCUUUUUUCUCCUAAUAUCAGAGGUUCUAUAUCAUCAUCAUCUUCAGCACCAGAAGGCAUGAAUGAUUAUCGUGAAUUCUAG